AUGGAGACUACUGCAUAAGUACAAGCUUAAGCUAAUGAUUACUAAGAUCCAAUCUAUGCAAAAUUCAAAAACGUCCUAAAAGGAGCCAAAUAGGUAGGUUCAAGCAUUGCUUAAUAUUUUUAGGGAGAAGUUGUGACUAGAUUCCCACCAGAACCUUCAGGAUAUUUGCAUAUUGGUCAUGUUAAGGCAGCUAUGUUGAACUACCAUUAUUCAAAAAUGUACAAGGGAAAAAUGAUUCUUAGAUUCGAUGAUACCAACCCAAUGAAUGAGAAGAUUGAGUUUGUUGAGAACAUCAUUAGAGAUCUUAAAACCUUAGAGAUUACCCCAGAUUAGAUAACCUAUACAUCUGAUUACUUCGAUGUUACUAAGGAGUUAAUGGAGAAAAUGAUAACUCUAGGAUUAGCCUAUGCUGACGAUACUCCAGCUGAUUAGAUGAAAAUAGAGAGAGAUGCCGGAAUUGAGAGUAAAUACAGAGAAGCAACCGUAGAGGAAAACAUGAAGAGAUUCCAUCUCAUGCUUAGAGGUCUAAAAGAAGAGCCAAAGCAAGUUGAGGAAAAGAAAGAGGAACAAAAAGAGAAAAAGAAAGAAGGUGGACAUGGUCAUGGUAAGAAGGAGGAGAAGAAGAAAGAACCAGAAUAACCAAAAGUUGUUCCAGAUUGGUGUAUGAGAGCAAAGAUGAAUAUGCAAAACCCUGUCAAAUGCCUUAGAGACCCAGUCUUCUAUAGAAUCAAGAGAGAGGCACAUCACAGAACUGGCACAAAGUACCUUGCCUAUCCAACUUAUGAUUUUGCUUGUCCAAUUGUUGAUGCCCUAGAAAAUAUUACUCACUGUUUAAGAACUAUUGAGUAUCACGACAGAAAUGCUCUCUAUGAUUGGGUUCAAGAAAAGUUAGGACUUAGAAAAGUUAUUAUAUAUGAUUAUUCAAGAUUGAAUCUUGUUUCUACUGUUCUUUCUAAGAGAAGUCUUAAAUGGUUUGUUGAGGCAGGUCAUGCUGAGGGUUGGUAUGAUCCUAGAUUCCCAACUGUUCAAGGAAUUAUGAGAAGAGGUCUAACUGUUGAAGCUUUAAAACUAUUUAUGCUUGAGCAAGGCCCAUCAAAGAAUACCAAUUUGAUGGAAUGGGAUAAACUUUGGGCUUUAAACAAGAGUAUAAUUGAUCCAGUUGCACCUAGAUAUAACGCAAUCGUUAAAUCAACUUCAGUUCGAGUUAUUUUAGAGAAUGUUGGUGAUGAAAUUCAAGCAAAAUCUGUACCACUUCAUCCUAAGAAUGAAUAAUUAGGUUCAAAAGCAAUGAUUUAUGGAAAGCAAUGCUAUAUUGAAAGAGAUGAUGCAAAGACCAUCAAUGUUGGAGAUAAAAUUGCACUUAGAAAUUAUGGUAAGGUACUGAUAACUAAGAAAGAUGAGGCAGAUGAUAACAUUACUCUUUACGGAACCCUUGAUUUGGAGGAUCAAAACUUCAAAAAAGUCACUAUUGUAACCUGGAUCUGCGCUGAUGAGUCCACUAAUGUUGAAAUUGAUCUCGUUGAGUUCGAUCAUCUUAUUACUAAGAAAAAGAUUGAGGAGGGAGAUGAUGUAUAGACAAUUGUAAAUACUAAUUCAAGAGUUCAAUAUACUGCUCUUGCAGAGGGAUGUAUGAGACACUUAAAGAAAGGCGACAUCAUCCAAAUUGAGAGAAGAGGCUAUUUCUUCGUUGAUUAAAUUGCUUUUGGAGAGAAGAAACUCACUCUCAACUUUAUUCCAGACGGAAAGAUGAAGUCAGUAAGUGUUGUUUAAAAUCAAUUUGAUGCUGGAAAUCUUGCUAAAGGUAAGGAAGAGACUAAAGGUGCUAAUAAGGCUGAAAUUAAAAAGACUUCAGGUGCGCCAACCACAGAUGGAUAAGCAUAACCAGAGGGAGAAGGAAAAGGACCUAGUAAAAAGGAGCUCAAGAAAGCUGCUAAGAAAGAGCAAAAGAAGUCACAAAAGGAUGAAAAAAAAGAUGAUAAACCAGCUACAGAAGAAAAGUAAGAGGAGCAAAAGGAUGCUACAGCUACAUCAACCGAGGGACAAACUUAAUGA